GACUGCGUCGGGUUGGGUGAAGGCUACUCUUGUCGGGGCGGGCGGCGGAAUGGCGGCGCUUUACGCUUGUACCAAGUGCCACCAGCGGUUCUCCUUCGAGGCGCUCAGUCAGGGGCAGCAGCUCUGUAAGGAAUGUCGAAUUGCACACCCGAUUGUUAAAUGUACCUACUGUAGAACUGAAUUCCAGCAGGAGAGUAAAACCAAUACAAUAUGCAAGAAGUGUGCUCAGAAUGUGAAACUUUAUGGGACGCCAAAGCCAUGCCAGUACUGCAACAUAAUUGCAGCAUUUAUUGGCAACAAGUGCCAGCGGUGUACGAACUCAGAGAAGAAAUAUGGGCCGCCCCAUUCAUGCGAACAGUGUAAGCAACAGUGUGCCUUCGACAGGAAGGAUGAUAGGAAAAAAGUAGAUGGGAAGUUACUCUGCUGGCUUUGCACACUCUCCUAUAAGCGAGUGCUGCAGAAAACCAAAGAACAGCGUAAGCAUUUAAACUCCUCCUCUCGGACAAGCUUGCUGGAAAAGGAGCAAUAUGACCGACUUAACUGUGGAAGCCACUAUAAUAGCCAGAAAACCUUAUCUACAUCUUCUAUUCAGAAUGAACUCCCAAAGAAAAAAACCAAGUUUGAUGCCAUAUCAGCCAAUGGGGACAGUUUUUCUCCAGACCUUGCCUUGGAUUCCCCUGGCACCGAUCAUUUUGUCAUCAUAGCCCAGCUGAAGGAAGAAGUUGCCACUUUGAAGAAAAUGCUGCACCAGAAGGAUCAGAUGAUCCUAGAGAAAGAAAAAAAGAUAACAGAACUGAAGGCUGACUUGCAGUACCAGGAAUCCCAAAUGCGGGUGAAAAUGAACCAGAUGGAAAAAACUCACAAAGAAGUUACAGAACAGUUGCAGGCCAAGAACCGAGAGCUCCUGAAACAAGCUGCAGCUUUAUCCAAGGGCAAAAAAUCUGAGAAAUCAGGAGCAAUAACUUCCCCUUAAAUUCAGGAGAUCUCUUGCCCCAAGAUGUCUCCCAUGGUUCAAGAACCACACCUGGAUUGCUACUCGUAUGGACAUGACAGAAUCCUUUGAGAUUGGCUAUUCCAUAGAGUGUGUCAGUGCUGCUUUAUAAAAUCUCCUCCUCCUGUCACAGGACAGUGAUGAGAAUGAUUGGGAGGCUUGGCCCUCCUGUCUUCCAAACUCAUGAACAAGCCCUUUUUAAUUUAGCCAUUUCUCUCCGACCAUUUUUAUCAUCACUGCCUUGGAAUUGAUGAAGCAAGAGGGCCUGCUUGCUGAUCGGAUCUUCUACGGGAUUCUACUUUUCUAUUUCACAGGAGACCUAAAGUGGCCAGAGCCUGUUUUAAAAAAAUUUCUAAAGCAUUUUAAAAUGAAAAUUCUGCUUAUUUUCCCUCAGUUAUUGAGGACAGCUUGAGACCUUUUCUCUCAGGUUUGUAAAUUGAGAAUCGAGUUUCAACCAGCAAUUCUCGGGCUUCUAAAAAUUCAAGAGUUUUUUGGCAGAAUAGUUGAAUAUAUACUCAUAUGGAUACCAGAGGUUAUGAAUUAAUGUUUUGCUCAUGUUUUUAUGCUUCUUUAGGUAGCACUGUUUUUUUAGGCUGGUUAAACAGCUUUUUGUCAUUGAUAUGUUGAGAGUGAUAUCAGGAAUAGAAGUAGGCUAAAACUACUUUUCAGGUACAUGGGGUGAAUUCAAUUAGUAACGCGUAUACAACUAUGCAGCUUUUCUUAAUAAAAACAAAACAACCAUUCUGACUUCCUUGGCAAUAAGGAUAAAGGGAAUUGGGGGAAAUGCUGAAACUAGAAGACAAAGGUUUUCUGGAAUCUUGAUCUAAAAGAAAAAGACACCCUCAAGUCAGGUUUUAUGUGGCUUGCAAGAAAAGGAGAUGGCUUUAAGUGCUGGGAGAGCACUCUAAUGCCUGUGAACAUAGAAAUGAAAAGAAUUCAGUGACUUUUUCAGCUCUGGUCCCUCGCUGAACCUCCUGAGAAAUGGUAAGUUUCCAAAAGCAAUGAGAAACUAGUUUGUUUUCAGUUUGCUCCAGGCUGAUA